AUGUCAGCCGAAUCCGUCUCCCCGAAUUCGCUCUCGGAGCAAUUCUCCCGUCUCACCUCCGAGGGCGAAUCUGCUAAUGUCCCACUAAGACGAGCCCUCCUGGAGAACCUCGUCGAGGUCCUGUCCCCGUGGGAUUUCAUCCACCUUAGGACCUUACUCCGCAACAAAAAGCCAGGUCUCGCGGACUUUUGCGAUCUACCCAACGAAGUUGUCGCUCUGGUAACUUCUCAGCUGAGCUGCAAGGAUGUCUUCGCCUGCGCUGCAGUAUCCAGGGCUUGGCGACAAGCCUGCACCAGAGACGUUGUGGUUACCGACCUCGUCAAGGUCUAUUUUCCAGAUUACGAAGACAUUAUUACUCAGUCAAUCAUCCCGAAAGAGGCCGCCGUCUCUUCUGGUCCGUACCUCUGGCGGGCCCUGGCCGUUGUCGCGGCCCAAAACCUCACCCGCAUGGAGGGCAACUACAUAUCUCAUCUCAAGGUCUCCAUUGAGCCGGCCACAAUCGUCAAAGAUCGCUUCUACGCCAAAACCAAGAGUUUCAAAAAGUACAAGCAACUCAUGAGUGGCCCAGAUGCCAGAGAGGCCCACAAGAAGCUGCAGCAGCAGCAAUCCCACGAAGAAAACGAUUGUUACGCGUACUCCAGCGGUCGGGUCGCCUUCAAUGGUGAUGCGUACAGCUUCUUCAUUGACGAUCUAAACACCAGGAACAGGAUAUAUGUAACGCUGCCAGAUGCGGUUCUCAAGGGCCAGAAAGACUUUGUCGUUUACCAAAUGACUGAUAGGCUUGUUAUCCUGCUCGACGGCGCUACCCGCCGAGCUCUAAUCGUCUACAACUUGCAGAACAGGCAGUUUCGACGAGUCACUCUGCCGAACCGGAUGAUGGAGAUGUACGUGGACAAGGAGACCAUUGCCAUGACAUUUCCUCCCCCCGCGCUGCCACACGUCUGGCGUUGGCGUGGCGGCCUCAUCAAGUUACCUGAUCCUACACCUCACGGGAUCAAACACAAGUUCCACAAUAUGGAUGGACUCCCUCCUUGGUGUGGCUUCAUCUUCCACCAUUCGGACCCCGAAGUGCUCUAUUUUGUUUCCAAUUGUCCGUCUGGCCCUUUCUCAAAGCCCAAGAAGAAAUUCUCAGUCUCGCCCGGCGAAUUCCAAAAUUCGGAUGACGAGAUACAACUAUACAUCCAGCGUAUGAAAGAGGAAGACGACUAUGAUGACAUACAUGACGACGAGGACGAACAUACUACCGGACAUCAGAUUGCGGUUCACAAAUUCGAGAACUUCAAGUACACAAAGUCGUUCCGUCGCUAUACCAAGUUCCCGUUGUAUAACCAGUUCCUCAACCGCUGUCGGAAGAUGAAUUCAUACGGACUCUACAACCUGGCCGUCUCCAUCUCGGACAGGUUCCUCAUAUUCGAGACGCCGCCCUACGUUCUAGGCCAUAUCAACUUCGAUACGAGGAACGAGGUCUUCUCCGUACGCCGUCAAAUCAUAACCGGCCAGAUGCGGAUGCACGACUUCCAGAGCCCCGAGGACCUGCCGCGCAGAGUGGACGAGAUCCAAGGAGGCAUCGUCUGGAACAACCAGGUGUACCACCUGCAAGACGUCGAGGUCGACGAGCGUCAAGAAACGGAGACCCGCUGGCCCGAGGUGCUCGCGGGCGAGAACGCCAUCUGCGUGAGCGACCAGUCCUCGACGUUGGUCAUGGCCCACGAGAAGAAGUUCAAGUUCAAGGGCGGCAUCCGGCACCUCGGGGUGGACGACGACUUCGUCGUCGCGCUGUCCAAGCACGAAUACGUCGCGUGGAACUUUCGAAACUGGCAGCAGGCAUCCAAGCCUUGGAUCCCCAACAAGGGGACGUCCAGGCUGUGGUUGAGGAUUCCGGCCAUCCAGAGAGAGUGUCCGCAUUUCAACGAGGAAACCGAGGAAGACGAGAACGCCAUUGAAUGUGACGGCCCCGAAAGGCCGGAGGCCUGCUUCGCGUGCGAGGAAGUCUUCCGGAAGGAGUAUUUGCAUGGUCUUGUGCAUGGAAAAAGAAGGCGGAGACGGACCCGAGACUACAGAAGCGACGAUGAGAGUGAAAUCGGUGGCUACGGGUGGUACGACUAUGACGAUUUCUCCGAUGAGUAUGACGACGACGACGACGAGUAUUAG